CUUUAUCAGCGCGGUGAACUUAGUCUUCCAACGCGUGAUUGUCAAGUCUUUGCCUUAACGUAUACUGUUACUUCAUCGCGAUGGUUGGUGGUUAUUCAGUUCUACGCGAAAAGUCUGAAAAGACAAUUAGAUAUAAGACUCCCAGAGGUAAAGAAGUCUGUUUGACAAGGGAAGUUUAUCUUCGGGACGAUAUACCAUGCAGAAGUUUAUCAUGUUCUCAGGCAGAGUGCCACACAGGUGGAUAUUCCUUACCAAAAGACCUAAAAACGUAUAUUUUGAUCGAUGGAUUUUAUGCUCUUAACUACUGGGAACUAUUUGAACUGGAGGACAUAAAGGGUGUUAUUGUUUCUCUGUCAUCAGUGAAUUUUGUCCAGCAACAGGCCUCAACCAAUCGCCCCUACCGAAGAAUUCGUUCAAGCCUUGAAGAUGCCAGCCAAACAUGCAUACUAUUCGAUAACGAGUUUAGUCGCUCAUGUUUUCGUCCUCCUUUGGCAGACGAAAGCCUUAAGGAUUACACCACGAGGUUAGUAGGAUUUUCGCUAACCUUUUAAUCAGAAUGAAUUGGGUUGCUGCCAACUGGUACGUAAAUCACUUGAAUGGUCACGUUUCAUUAGUCUUCGUAACGGACAAUGAAAGCUAUGUCCACUCAUAUUCGUCUGGAUUAAACAUUACAUCGUGUAAAUUAACUGUCUUGGAUUUACCAGGGUUUUUGCAAAUGUACUACCCCACACUCACAACUGCAAAGCUUUUGUUUGAUUCCUUGGAUGUAUCACUUCGUUCCACUAAAUCUAAAGACCACCAUUCGCCAGAAAUUUCCAAAUCAGAAAAUCCUUUAGAGUCCUUGGACUCAUACACGAUGCCUUCAGUUCCUUCUCUUGGUCAUGUAUAUCCAGAGCAUUUACCUGAGUCGGCUUUGGUUGCUGGUUUACGAUCUGGUCAAUUUCUGAAGGGUAUUCUUCACGUAUCGCGUUUUCGGUCAACUACUGAGGCUAUGGUAGCUUUAACAGAUGCUAGUGCAGUAAAACACCAACCAGAACUUAAGGAAGCGUUGGCAGCACGGAGUGAGAUUAUGAUUCAUGGGCUGCAACAUCGUAAUCGUGCUGUUGAUGGGGAUGUGGUUGUAGUACGUCUUCUACCCCGUGUUCAUUGGAAAACUGUCUCUUCCGAUAUAAGCGCUCAAGAAAACUGUGCAGCUGAAGUUGUGAAUGAUACACCAGAUAUGUCUGAAGGUAAAUCUAAUCAGGAUUGCUUUAAGUCAGAAUCAAUAUCAAGAAGUUUACCUUGUGGUUUUGUUGUUGGUAUUGUCAGUCGCAAUUGGCGGGACUAUGUCUGUACAUAUGUUCCCAAAUCUACAGAAAAUUCAUUAGAUCCAAAAAGUGAAAGUGGUUGGAUAACAGUUACUCCGUGGGAUCGUCGCAUUCCUCUCAUCCGGUUACAUACUACACAGAUAUCCAAGUUAACUCGUGAACGUUUUAUAGUACGAAUCGAUUCAUGGGACUCACAUUCAGCUUAUCCAAGUGGUCAUUUUGUCCAAACUCUAGGCUGCAUUGGUGAUUUGGAAACGGAAACACAAACUAUACUGAUUGAACAUAAUUUGGCCAUACGAAAUUUUACUGAUGCACAGCUGAAUGAAUUAGCACCACUGAGCGUUCAACGUCCUUGGCAAGUUGAUCCUGAAGAAGUCAAGAAACGUCGAGAUCUUCGAUCGCCUACUAUUUCAGGAAAUCCAAACUCUGAAAAUAUACUUAUCUUCAGUAUUGAUCCUCCUGGAUGUCAAGAUGUAGAUGAUGCCUUGUCCGUUCAAUGGUUACCACCUAUUGCAGAUGAAUAUGGAAAUGAACAUAAACGUUUGCAACUGGGAGUGCACAUAGCUGAUGUUAGUUAUUUUGUCCCACCUAAUAGUUAUAUAGAUAAUGAAGCUCGGAAACGUUCAACUAGUAUUUAUUUAGCUGAUCGACGGUAUGAUAUGUUACCAGGUUUGUUAAGCGGAGAUGUAUGUUCUUUAUGGAGCGGACGCGACCGCUAUGCCGUUAGCGUAUUAUGGGAAAUCGAUAUGGAUUCAUUCGACAUCUCCAACAUAUGGUAUGGCCGUACGGUAAUCCAUUCAAGCUAUAAGUUAACAUAUGAACUUGCUCAACGUAUUCAUGACUCAAUCAUUGCAAAAAACAUUUCAUCGAACAACUUCGAUGUUGAAGAGCUUAUUAAUAAGUUAGGUGGAUUGGAAGCUGUUAAAAAUGAUAUACCUGAAUUAAAAGAUUUAAACCGGGAUGAAUGUCUAACAGCUUUGGACAAGCUUAGUGAAUCUCUUUUACUACUGGUUGAUAUUGCUUCAAAUAUUCGUGAACGUCGACUUGCCAAAGGAGGUUUAGAACUUGAAAGUGUGGAAGUUAGUGUUCGGUUUGCUAAUCCGGAGUCGCGUACUGGUAAACUAGAAGAUUUGAUACCGAAAGAGCCCCUUGAAAUGCACAACACAGUAGCAGAGUUAAUGAUUUUUGCAAACCAUUGGGUUGCUCGCCGGUGUGUAGAGUUUUAUCCUGAUCGCGCUUGCCUGCGUCGACAUCCACCUCCGCGCCCGGAAUAUUUCGAUGAACUGAAACGUUGUAUAGCGUGUCGAGGUUUUGUUUUAGACACAAAUUCCAAUCUUUCCUUAGCAAAUUCUUUAAAAUUUGCAUCAGAUCCUAAUGAUCCUGAGGUUAACAAAGUGGUUCGUCAACUCGUUACACGUACAAUGACAAAUGCACUGUACUUCUCUACUGGUUCAUCAAAUAUGACACAGGAUCAGUUUUCCCAUUAUGGUUUAGCCCUUAAUCUGUAUACACAUUUUACAUCACCUAUACGACGUUACGCUGAUAUAAUUGUUCAUCGUCUUUUACUUGCCUCAUUAGGCGAGUUUCGGUCACUGACAACAAUACAAAGUGAACUCGCCUUGAAAAAUACUGAACUGGUUGCAGUUUUGGAAAAUAAAAUGGAUGGGUUAUUUUCGUCUGAAGAAUUAUCUUCGAUUUGCAAUCAUAUGAAUGAGCAACAUUGGGCAGCUCAACAAGUUCAACGAUCUAGUUUAGAAUUAUUUCAAGCUCUGUUUUUUAAGGAAAAACCAAUUGAUGAUCCAUCUCGUUAUACUGAAGGAAUCAUCUGUCAGUUAAGAGGCACCAAUGGGUUUAUUGCCUUUGUUCCCCGAUACGGUAUCAGAGGUGCAGUCUGCAUUAAAAAUGCAAAUGGUCACAUAGCAUGGGUUGAUUAUACAGCAUCAGAUUGUGGUACCAUUCAUUGGUUACAAGACGUCCAAAACAUAGUGAUUGAACGUGUUUACUCAUCUGAACGAUCAGAUUGUGGGGUUUUAGAAAUCCGCAACUCCAAAACUAACGAAUGUCAACAAUAUCGGAUAUUCGAUCAUGUUUUAUUAAAGAUUUACGUUAGUGAGACUGUUGCCCAUGGAUUAAAUUUACGAUUAGAACUUGUGGGCCUUCCAAAAACUAUAAAUGGUUCUAAAAGUGAAGCAAAUCUGCCCAAUACAACUACAGAAAAUCAAUCAGUCUGUACGCCAAACUUGAACACAAGUUUGAUAAAGGACGUGAAGGAUACAGAUGCUGAAAAACGUCAAAAACGCCAUUUAACUGAUCAGGAACAUGUUGAUGUUUCAAAACGCAGGCAAUUGAUUUCUCAGUUACACGAUUGUUCUUCAGUAUAUCACCGAUUUCAUAAACUUUUACAUCAGUCUAAUGAAGAUGAGAUGGGAACUAACUGAUAGAUGAAUUUCUUGUUAUGUUCUAACUUUAUUUAGACGAAAAAUCACUAUUUUCUGUAAAAUAAGAAAUGAGAUGUAAUAUAAUGGUUUCAUUGUAUAGUGUCAUAUGAAAUAAGUAUACCAUGUAACUUAGUUGAAACUUUUGUGAAUUUUAUCUCUGUGAAAUACUCAUUCAAAAAUUAGGUACAUUCAACUGAUCUUUAAUGUACUUAUGUAUUCUCGUUUUUCCUACUGUCAUGUUGUAGAAUGAUUUAUGUAAUGUUGUGCUUAGAAAACAGUUCGUGAGGCGUGACAAAACAGCAUUUCCAUUAAUUAAACGUUGUAUUACUUGCUUUUCAUAAUGAAUCCCUAGAUGAUCAGUGACUGCUGGCAAGCGAUAUAUAUAAAAAUAUAGUUUAGUGGUAAUUUUUUGGUCAGAUAAAUCUCACUUCGUUCUCUUGUUUGUCGAUGCCUCAUGUUAUCCUCAAAGAAGGUAGAUGGAAACCACGUAUGAUGUAAUCCAC